AUGCAAGAAUACCAAAGUCAGAGAACUACAUUUCGUAUCCGAAGAGUGCCUUUGGGCUGGAAUGUCGGCCACCUACGAGCUUGUCUGGAACAACAUGACCCUUCUUCAUGCCCAGAUGUAAAAUCAUUUGUGCCUGAAAUUGAUCGCCGAUCAUUUACUGCGACGGUGGUAUAUAAAAGUCGUUCAUCUGUUACUCAAGGCCCAAAGCCAUGGGACCUCUCACUAGAAGGGCCACAUGAAAAGUCGUCUUCCAAUAAUGGGUAUCUAGAAAUUGACGAUAACUUGCUUGGCAUCACAUCGUUAUAUCUACCACCAGCCAAGGAUCACAAAGUAGAUAUUAUUGCUCUUGGCAACAUCAGCGGAUGUCCAUUGGAGUCAUUUGAGGAUGUGGCAAGCAAUCAUGUGUGGCUACGAGAUAUUCUACCAGCUCAGCUCGUCGAUAAGGAAACCCGACAGCCAAUGGCGCGAGUCAUGACAUAUGGCUAUCAGUCAAUAUUGAAUAAAACGAACGGGCGAAUGACACUCGAAGCCUUGGGGACAGCUUUUGUCAAAGUCUUCACAGCGCUGAGUAAUUCCUCCCAGAUCAAGCCAGCGAUACUCAUUGGCCAUGGCUUUGGAGGUCUAGUCAUAAAGCAGGCUUUGGCAAGUCUGUCCAAAUUACGAGGAGAGACAGAGAUGAACGUUUUCCGCGCACUUCGCGGAGUGGUCUUCUUCGGCGUCCCUCACGACGGAAUGGAUAUAACGUUUUUCCAACUCGCCGCUGAACAUCCCAAUCAGCAAGUUAUAGACUCACUUCGCCGAGGAGGAUCCGAAUCUCUCAAUCAACUGCACGUCGAAUUCCUUCAAGCAUUUUCUGAAAAAUGUGAACCCGAGAUAUUCAGCUUUUACGAGACGCUGGAGUCCGAUAUCUCACGCCAACACAAGGAUGCAACAUCAUUUACUGGAGUUGUUGUGACGAAAGCCUCAGCAACUCGCUGCCACCUAGGGGAACCCAACGGCCAGCAUACGUGUGCGAUCCCCCGGAGCAACGCAAAUUUAGCAAGAUUCGAGCCGCAUGAUCCCGAGUUUGAUGCUGUUAGAAACACAUUGCUCGGAAUCAUCCAGCGAGCGGCUUGA